UUACAGCCCUGGACCCUGUUUAUGUCUUAGCCACAGCAGACACACGAUGUUCUGUCUUGUACCCAGUCUUCACGUCCACAGCAGACACACGAUGUUCUGUCUUGUACCCAGUCUUCACGUCCACAGCAGACAAACGAUGUUCUGUCUUGUACCCAGUCUUCACGUCCACAGCAGACACACGAUGUUCUGUCUUGUACACGGUCUUCACGUCCACAGCAGACACACGAUGUUCUGUCUUGUACCCGGUCUUCACGUCCACAGCAGACACACGAUGUUCUGUCUUGUACCCAGUCUUCACGUCCACAGCAGACACACGAUGUUCUGUCUUGUACACGGUCUUCACGUCCACAGCAGACACACGAUGUUCUGUCUUGUACCCGGUCUUCACGUCCACAGCAGACACACCAUGUUCUGUCUUGUACCCGGUCUUCACGUCCACAGCAGACACACCAUGUUCUGUCUUGUACCCGGUCUUCACGUCCACAGCAGACACACGAUGUUCUGUCUUGUACCCGGUCUUCACGUCCACAGCAGACACACGAUGUUCUGUCUUGUACACGGUCUUCACGUCCACAGCAGACACACCAUGUUCUGUCUUGUACCCGGUCUUCACGUCAGGCAGCAGACACACCAUGUUCUGUCUUGUACCCGGUCUUCACGUCCGGCAGCAGACACACCAUGUUCUGUCUUGUACCCGGUCUUCACGUCCGGCAGCCCCUUGGUUUACUCCAAUGUCACCCUUCUCAAGCGAGGCCGCUCUCUCGACAUGGCUAUUCAAAUUAGCAGACAACGAUUUAAUAAUAACAAUAACGUUGAAUACAAGAAGGUAUUUGUAA